UUCCAACCCAACCUCUCCCAAACUUCUCUCUCUCUCUCUCUCUCUCUCUCAAACAAUAUCUUUCCCUUGAGAUUGUGUCUCUUUCUCCCCUUUGAAAUCCUUUAUCAGGAUUGCUCUCACAUCCACAAAUGGCUCUGUCAAGGCGUGCACACAGAUUCUUCAAAUUUAGAAUAAUCCAAGUUUCAAGCCAAAUAACCCAAAGUCCCAUAGACGAUCAUUUCAUUUUCUGAAAGCUUUUUACGAAAUAAUUUCCCUCCACCACAAACAUCUUCUCAUCACUCUUUUUCUUCCUUGGCUGACGAGAAAAUAGUCUCUCUUUCUCUACCACACACACAAACACACCCAAUUAAUCUGUGUCAGAAAUCUAGGAUAUAUAUUGUCUCCUUCAAGCUCUUUGUUUCUGUGUCUUAAAUUCUCCAUAUAUCAGACAAAUGGUUCCUGAUUACUACGAAAUCUCACGUGGGGUUGUGGAGAUGGCUUGGAUUAUGCUAAGUGUUGAUUACUCGAGGCUUUUCUGGUUAUUGUUCGGCGUCUUCUCCUACGAAAACCAUGAGGGGAAGCCUCGGAUCUUCUAGCACGCAUGCCACUUGCAGCAGCUUCUUUCAUCUUUAUUGUCUGAAAUUAUUAUUAAUAUUAAUUAAUUAGAAUUAAUAUAAAGCAAGUAUUGUAGAAGAAGCAAAAAAGAAAAAAAGGUAGCAAGCGGUUGAUUUCUCAGCUAUGUACAACGGACGGUUGGGAGGAUGCGUUGAUGGAGCCAAGGCUCAGCUUGGAUACGUUGAAACUGAUCCAUCUGGUCGCUAUGGCCGAUUCAAGGAAAUUCUUGGGAAAGGAGCAAUGAAGACGGUGUAUAGGGCAUUUGACGAGGUUAUUGGAAUAGAGGUGGCGUGGAACCAAAUUCAGCUCAAGGAAGUUUUUCAUUCGCCGGAGGAAUUGCAGCGGCUUUACUCGGAAGUUCAUCUUCUCAAGAACCUCAAGCAUGACUCCAUCAUGCGAUUCUACGCCUCUUGGGUUGAUGUUAAUCGAAGAACUUUUAACUUCAUCAGCGAAAUGUUUACCUCCGGAACACUUAGAGAGUACAGGCAGAAAUAUCAGCGAGUAGAUAUUCGAGCAGUCAAGAACUGGGCCCGCCAAAUCCUGCGUGGUCUUGCUUAUAUGCACGGCCAUGAUCCUCCCGUCAUACACAGGGACCUCAAAUGCGACAAUAUCUUCAUCAAUGGCCAUCUUGGACAAGUCAAAAUUGGUGAUAUGGGCCUUGCAGCCAUCCUUCGUGGGUCCCAACAUGCCCACAGUGUUAUAGGUACACCUGAAUUUAUGGCACCAGAAUUGUACGAGGAGGAAUACAAUGAACUAGUAGACAUAUACUCCUUUGGCAUGUGUGUGUUAGAGAUGCUUACAGCCGAGUAUCCAUAUAGCGAGUGCUCCAACCCGGCCCAAAUAUACAAGAAAGUUACUUCGGGAAAGUUGCCCAAUGCGUUCUAUCGAAUUCAAGACAAGGAAGCUCGGCGAUUUGUGGGGAAAUGCUUGGAGACUGCUUCAAAGAGGUUGCCGGCCGAGGAGCUUUUGUUGGAUCCAUUUCUAGCGUCUGAUGAAGGUGGAUUGCUGCCCAUCCCAUGUCUGAACCCAAUUUCCAAUAGAACAGUACUGGUGGAGUCGCCACCUUCGGUGUCUGAUCCAACAAGGAGUACUGAUAUGACAAUCACGGGAACCUUGGACCCGGAAGAGGAUACCAUUUUCAUCAAAGUACAAAUUUCUGACAAGGACGGUCAUGCAAGGAACAUAUACUUUCCCUUCGACAUUGUAAACGACACAGCAAUUGACGUAGCGAUUGAGAUGGUUAAGGAAUUGGAAAUUAGAGACUGGGAACCACUGGAGAUAGCUGGAAUGAUAGAGGAAGAGAUAUCUUCUCUGGUUCCAACUUGGAAGGAUUGGGGCCCAUCCCAAUGCCAUAAUCAGCACAGCUUUAGCUAUGACGAAGAAGAAGAAGAUGAUGACACCCACUACCCUUUCUACUCGUCAUCCUCUUCCUGUUCUUCCUCUGUAUCUUGUCUCCCAGCUUUCAGCUCUUCCUAUAAGAGUCAUAAUCGUGGCCAUGAUUGGCCACAUGUUAAUGCAGAAUAUUUGUCGUUUGUCAAUGACGAUGCAAGUUCCCAAAGCUCAUUGAACUCCUUCAAGUAUUCCAAUCUAAGUUACUGCUCGGGCAAUGAAGAUGAUCAUGAUUUGAGUAGUAUUAAUUAUGCCAAGGCCCGAAAGUCUACAAGAUUCUGCCCUGCAGACCGAAGAAAGUGUGGCUCAAAUCUCCCGCCUAAGCUGACAAGGAUGCGGUCACUUGUGGACGUGCGUAGCCAGUUGUUGCACCGAUCUCUGGUGGAGGAGAUAAACAAGAGGCGAUUGUUCAAGACUGUCGGAGCUAUUGAGAACAUUGGGUUUCAGGAACCGGGCCAGCUUUAAGCUGAUGAUGAUCAUGUUUGACUUUUUGAGUCUCAGACUCUCGCUUUCCUUUUGGUGUGUUUUUAAAGCAUGAAUGAAUGCUUUGUAUGUACA